AUGGUUAAUUUGGAUCCGGAUUUUAUCCAAGCGGCGGCUUCUUUUCUUAAUUGUAUUGUGGGUGCUACUUCCUUCACUUUUCUUGGUAUAUCGGUGGGGGUUAAUCCUAGGAGGCGGGAGGUGUGGAAGCCAAUUGUCGCAAGACUGAGGAAUAGAUUGGAGUCUUGGCAGAAUAGACAUUUGUCUAUGGGGGAGGGUUUUUUUGUUAAACUCAGUUUUGUCAAGUACGGUGACAUUAGGAGGACAAUGCUUUCAGAUUUGGUGAUUCAUAAAAGAAAUAUGGCUUCUCUCUGGUGGAAAGAUGUUUGUUCUGUGGGAUCAAUGGGAAACAAUCCGUUGGAAAACUGGUUUCCUUCAUCUGUUGCUUGUAAACUUGGAAACGGAGAGGUUAUUGAUUUUUGGGCAGAUCGGUGGGUGGGAGGAUAUCCUCUUCGCAACCGCUUUCCCUCUUUGUUUUCCCAUGCAGAAGUUUCUUCCAAAAAGGUUAGCGACAACGGCUUUUGGAACAAUGGUUCUUGGGUUUGGUCAAUUAAAUUUCAUGAAGGCUUUUCUGUUGAGGAUGAAGGGGAGUCCUUAUUGGAUUUGUUGAGACUUAUUAAUCCGAUACAACCCGUGUUUGGAGUGUCGGAUUUGUUUGUUUGGUGGAAAAAUCCUAAUGGUUUUUCGGUUAAGGCAAUUUAUGAGAUGACUAUGGAAGGUGAUUCUUGGAGUCAAGGUUUGAAUGAAAACGUCUCUAAGGAGUUAUCUUCUUUAUGGAAAACUAAGAUUCCGAGUAAGGUGUCUAUUUUCGGUUGGAGUUUAAUUUUGAAUAAGAUUCCCACUAGGAAGAAUUUGGCUUCUCGGGGUAUUUUACUCGGUCCAGAUAAUUUGGUUUGUCCCUUGUGCUUAUUGGCGGAGGAAGAUACAAAUCAUCUUUUUGGGAGUUGUUCGGUUACUUUAUGGUGGUGGAAUAGCUUCUUGGAUUGGCUUCGUAUUGACGUCUUGGCAAUUCGGGAAUGA